CACUGUAAACUCCUGUCCGUCCUGAUGUUGUGCGCUGGUUGUACCUCUAUCAUGAGGGAUUGGACCCGACUACAUAAAUACUUUUGAAUCUACCCAUAACCACAAGCAGCACAACAGCGUGAACUUAGCUCACAUCUAGGCGUAGCUAGCAUUCUUGUUGCUAGGUAUUAGCGUAUUAGCUAGCAUUCUAGAGUGGCAUCCUCUGCGCACUCGGUGUAGAACAUUUCAAAGAUGAGAUAUAUCGUGUCCAAGGUGCUUUUCCUGCUGGGCGCCAGCUCCGUCGUCGCUAACAAGCCCAAGUCUGCUAAGGGUUCAGAAAAGAAGAAAGGCCCAAAAAUUACGAACAAGGUACUUCUUAUACAACGUGGUAUACUCGAUGUUUCGUUAUGGUUGUCAUUCGAUUUUUUCAUCGACAGGCUGGAACUGCUCCAGGGCAAUCUGCUCGAGACAAACCCCUAACAGAACCCUUUCAUGUUGUCUAUGGAGCAGACAAACCCCUAACAGAACUUGCCCGAGCAAGACAUUCCUAACAAGAAACGUUGAUCCGUCUAUCAUCAUUUGUUAGGGUAAGGGUUGUUUUUCAGAUUUUAAAUGUUGAUGGGCCUUCCUGUUCAUUUCUUUUGAAACUCUUUGAUAAUUUCCAUCAGGUAUUCUUCGACGUAAAAAUUGGCGGUGAAGAUGCGGGAAGAAUAGUGAUGGGUCUCUACGGAAAAUCCGUACCAAAGACCGCAGAGAACUUCCGAGCAUUGUGCACAGGUACUGCGUACUAUAGGUUGGUAAUAUGUCGUGUUAAGUAGGGUUACAACGUCAACAUUCUUUUUCUAUGAUCUUGUUCUCUUCCUUUUGAACAACAGGAGUUCUUAGCUACGAAUUUUGCUUAAUGCAGCUGAUUUAUUUCUCUCCACCUCACAUCUCGCUCCGUGAUAUCUACAACAUGAUCAUCCGUUCUCAUCUUCGUUCCCCAACGACCCCACAGGUGAGAAAGGAACCGGCAAGAUGGGCAAGCCCUUGCACUACCAAGGCUCUUCCUUCCACCGUGUUAUUCCGCAGUUUAUGAUCCAGGGUGGUGAUUUUACCAACGGAGAUGGAACUGGUGGGGAGUCCAUCUACGGCGAGAAGUUCGAUGACGAGAGUUUCAAACAUAAGCACAAGCGUCCCUACCUCCUCUCAAUGGCUAACGCGGGACCAGCAACGAAUGGAAGCCAGUUCUUCAUCACCACGGUAACUUUUACACAAUCACGUCGUUUAUUCUUAGCUGAUUACUUUCUAAUGAAAGCUACUUCACUCUAAGUGGCAAUCGGUUCCCCUUACUUUUACGGAGUUUCCAACCCCAAUUAAUAAGAACUCUACUUAGGAGUUUGCCUCUACAUGAUUUUUGAUUGAUCCCUCUACUUGGCUCUUUCCUUCUAUGAUUUUCUAAUUCCUUCUCUUGAAGAUCAAAAUGACCUGAUGCUCUUCCUGUACUACGCGUACUAGAAUGAUCCUCUCCCAACAACAUACUCUGUACUAUGCGUCCCAAUCUACACGACAUACUCAUACUCUACUUAUAGUGGGCAAUCCUGUAGGUCGUGUCGCUGUUGUAGACUUUGUUGUUGAUUUGAGACGAAGAGUGGGAUCCUGUAACUGCCCAGAAGUGACCUUCUACUAUGUGCUUUCUGCUAGUCGAGUAUGAGUAGAUCAAACCAAAAGAUUAGUAAGUAGAUCAAAUUAAGAAGUGACUUAAAAAAGAGUUUUGUACUGUACCAUCUAUGACGCCCUUAAGGCAGUCUGCACUGAACUUCGUGCGAGAGUUGUAUUGUAUUGUAUUGCCCUUGUAAUGCUUCACGACAUUGUCUUCGUGUUUAGAAGUAACUUAAAAAAGAGAAUUGUUCCCAACAUCACCCACACAGGUGAAGACCCCGUGGUUGGACGGAAAGCAUGUGGUUUUUGGCGAGGUCCUGGAGGGACAGGACGUCGUGAAGAAGAUCGAGGGCAAAGGCUCUCCCUCUGGUGAGCCAGCCGCCAAGCUGGUUAUCGAAAAAUCCGGCGAACUUCCAAUGGAGCCUGCUAAGGACGAGUUGUAAUCAAAGAAGUUGGAGGAACUACAUGUUGACCAAAAAUACUAGAAAAAUAUCAUCCAUGAUAGAAAAUCCUCGACUCCAGGAUCUCCAACAUAAGGUGGAUCAUGAUUGACUACCUUUCACAUUCUUAGAAAUAAAAGUUGCUGCUUCAUCACCAUCUUCAUCACAAGAUGGGUAUGAAAUCGUUGUUGUUCAUUCAAUUGUCAAAAGAAACAAGAAAAUCAAAGUUGUAGAAGUUUUGCAGGCAUUGUGCAUAUGUUGUAUUUCCUAGAAGAUGUGCGACUAUGUCACAAAAGCAUGUGGUCACUCGUGUAGCUUACACGUUGUAGAUGAGGUCGCAAAUACUCUGCCGCCCCAACGAUGACGCCCCAAUAGCUGGCUGCUCCCUUCACAGCCUCUUUUCAAAAACCGCAUUCUCUUUGUGCUAGACUGAUAGGCUUCGUGGGAUACCGGAAUCCAUUAUUGAUAUGGAAGAAAGCCGCUGCGGAUGAGGUCGGGAGUGCCACACUUUGAAAUGUGGUCCCCGCCGAAGAACGCCGCGUGUUUUUCAUAUAAUCGGUAAAUGCUCGAAA